AUGAUUUAUAAUAAUGUUGCAUUCCUUAGGGUAGAGUCUAUGAUGCACAAAGACAUAAAGAUUCGAAUGAGCAAUGUUUUUGGAAAUAAGCAGAUUUGUAAUUUGCCCGUGAAGUAUUUUAACGUACGAUUGCAUAUCUCCAAAAGGAGAUUCUGCAAAAUGGAAAUGAUAUUCUUGAACAUCACAUCAAUGCCGAUUACUGAUAUACUGGAAGUUCGUGCUGGUUACAAUACAGACAAUCUUCAUCGAGCUGCGAAACAUUACGAGUUCCAAGAGGCCGCACCGGAGCAAACGUGCUUCUCCAUCAUCUUUACACAUGCCAAAUUCCUGCAUAAGUCUGUGGAUUUUGCAGCUAGCAGCAAAGAGGAUCGCGACAGAUGGGUUUCGGCGCUCUCCUACUUGAAAUUCCACCAAGCCGAUACCAAUAAAAAUGGAAGUCUAAGCUUCCAAGAAGUUUGGGGUCUUCUCAAGAAGAUGAAUUUGCAGAUAAGCGAAAAAUACGCUAAGGCUUUGUUCAAGGAGUCAGAAGAAAAAUCUACCAAAGAUGGCGUUCUAAACGAAAGCGAGUUCCUCAACUUCUUCGACAGAUUGACAGACAGGCCAGAGUUGAACCAUCUUCUACGAAUGGCUAGCAGUGAGGGUGUUGAAAGCCUAACAACCAGUGAUCUGCAAAAAUUUCUUACCGAAGAACAGGACUUCCACGAUAUCGACAUCAAAAAAGCAGAGUCUAUUUUGGAGACAUUUGAGCAAGUUGUACAAGACCGACAACAAGAGAAACUCAUGGGAAUUAUGGGAAUACGACGCCUGCUUCAAUCGAGGUGGGGAAACAUUUUGAAGGAGGGUCAGGAAGCUGUGUGGCAGAACAUGGACCAUCCACUUCCCCACUAUUACUGUAAUUCGAGUCAUAAUACCUAUCUAGCUGGAUUGCAAAUGAAGGGCGAAGCCACCGUCGAAGUGGACCUAUUCGAUGGUGAGCACGGAGAGCCUAUCAUUACGCAUAAACGAACACUGAUUGACCCGAUAACUUUGAGAAAUGCCCUCGAAGCUAUCAAGCGAUGUGCCUUUGAGUCUACACCAUAUCCAGUGAUACUCACCAUUGAAAACCAUGUUGGUCUAGUACAACAACGAGUCAUGGUUGAUGUAUUUCAGGAAGUUCUUGGCGAUUUGCUUUACAUCCCGCAUCCAAGAUCAUCCCAAAUUGAUCUGCCUAGCCCGAAUGAACUGAAAAAGAAAGUAUUGUUGAGAGGCAAAAAGCUUGGAGAGAGUGGCGAUGUUCCCGACGAUGUGGACGAAGAGGAUGUUCCCGCAAAAGGAAAGGGUCCUCAUACGGUACCUCUCGACCCAGCGUUCUCAGCGCUCAUCGCGCUUCCAUCAGUGAAACUGUCCCAGAACAUCUACGGUGACAUACAAACACGUUGGUUUUUAUUGAAUUAG